GAACACAUGGAGCCAUGGCGAGCGAGCAAGGCGUUGGCUUUGCUCCGAAGGAGACCCUCAUGGGCGAUCCUUCUCGCCGCCAUGACUCUCCUCACCGUCUCUACGUGGCCACAGACCUCUCCGGCGAGGCCUGACGCUGUGCCGGUUGCUGUCCCGGUGGUACAAACCGGCUGCUUGGGCUUUUACCAACCAUCGCCGCCGCGGGCUGUGGUGGCAUCAAUACGAGAUUUUGGGGGUGUUGGCGAUGGGAAUACAUCGAAUACCUUGGCGUUCAGGAAAGCCGUGGAGAGAUUGAAAGAGUUUGGAGAGAAGGGUGGGUCUCAACUCACUGUUCCUCAUGGGAGAUGGCUGACGGGGAGCUUCAAUCUCACUAGUAACUUCACGCUUUUCUUGGAAGAGGGUGCUGUGAUUUUGGGUUCUCAGGAUCCAACAGAAUGGCCGUUGAUUGAGCCAUUGCCAUCUUAUGGGAGAGGGAGGGAGAGAAAUGGUAGCCGCCACAUAAGCCUCAUUCAUGGAAAUGGCCUUAGCGAUGUGGUAAUCACAGGAGGGAAGAAAUCAAACUCCCGACCAUCUACAUGGGAUUCCCGUGCUUUACUAUUGGGUUAUACCAACAUUGGUGGACAGAAUGGAAGCAUCGAUGGUCAAGGGAGAAUGUGGUGGGACCUAUGGUGGAACAGAACUCUAAAGUACACUAGAGGCCACCUUCUUGAAUUGAUGAACUCCAAAAAUAUUCUCAUCUUCAACCUCACAUUCCUGAACUCUCCUUUUUGGACAAUCCAUCCGGUGUAUUGCAGCAAUGUAGUGGUGAAGAAUGUCACAAUUUUGGCUCCUCUCAACUCUCCUAACACAGAUGGUAUUGACCCAGAUUCAAGCUCAACUGUAUGUAUUGAAGACUGUUACAUAGAGAGUGGCGAUGACUUAGUUGCUGUGAAGAGUGGAUGGGACCAGUACGGUAUCGCAAUGGCACGGCCGAGCACAAACAUUGUAAUUAGAAGAGUGUCUGGCACAACUCCAACAUGUUCAGGAGUUGGAAUUGGAAGUGAAAUGUCCGGUGGCAUAUCAAACAUCUUGGUGCAGGACUUGCAUGUCUGGGAUUCUGCAGCUGCAGUAAGAUUUAAGACCGAUCAAGGACGAGGAGGAUAUAUCACCAACAUAACAAUAAGUAAUGUGACAAUGGAGAGAAUUAAGAUACCGAUAAGAAUUAGCAGGGGAUCGAACGAUCAUUCUGAUGAAAAUUGGGAUCCUAAGGCUCUUCCGAGAAUCAGUAAUAUUGUUAUUGCUAACAUUAUUGGUGUUGACAUAAAGAAAGCUCCAGUUUUGGAAGGCAUUGAAGGUACCAUGUUUGAUGGUAUAUGUUUCAGAAAUGUGAAUUUGAGUGUUGAAAGGAGUAAGGCCAAAUGGAAAUGUGAAUAUGUUGGUGGAGAAGCUUAUGAUGUGUUUCCUUUACCUUGUGAAGAGUUUAGGAAUAGUAGCUCAUCUUCUUGGUGCUUACAGACUUAGAAUAGGAUUAUAAAUUGAGAAGAAUGUUAAUUUUUGUUGUUGUUCUUCUUGUCUG